UUUAAAGUCGCAAGACGAUGGGCUGCUUUAUCCAUGGGAUCCGUUAAUAUGACGUAAUAUGCAUUUCGUUUGUUGAAAACACGUCAGUCUUUGGAAAGUGAGCUCAUUUGUCGACUUCUUCUGAUUGCCAACGCAAUCUACCAUCUUUUCCAACAUAGAUUGUGUGGCGAGAGACACCGAGAACAUCACCAGGAGAGAAGGUGCCAAUGUGGGCUAUUGGAAAACCUUUCGAUAGAUUUCAAUGUGUAUUGUCUGAUCAUUUUGGAUAAGUCAUCAUAUUGGACUGAUGUUCAACGCCUUAUAGAUCACCUUAUCAUCGCAGAGAAAGACAAAAACAUUCGUUGGAUUUUACUGAUAAACAUUUACAGAUUAACAGAUUCAAAAUGGACGCCAGUGGAUUGGUUGACAAGAAGAUUGAAAUAGUUUUCGAUGAGCAAUAUAAGCGACGCCGUAAUGUGACCAUUAAACAACGCCUGGUGGUGACUGCAAUAACUGUUGUAUGUUUCGCGUUGGUCAUGGUGUUAAUCCAUACCAAACACUUGGAAGAAAAGGCAAUGUCUGAGGAGCUAUCCAAGCGUAAUUUGUUUCCAGAAAUCUUCGGUGAGCCCCCUAUGGAUGCUGGGACUACAAAAACCAAGACAAAUCCUGCAACAAUAGCUCAAGUGACUGAGGAUCCAUUCGACUCUUGGUUCGAGAGUUUAUUUGAACCAAGUUUGGACCAGAACACGGCCCAGCCAAGAACUGGCGAGACGGCUGUUAGCUCGAGCAAAACUGCAGCCAAGAGUACAACUACAGAGAUUACAUCAGCUUCGACACAGGCACCUGAUAUUUCGACUACAACCACAACCACUACCACCAUAGGAACAUCAAAACAACAACCAAACAGUUCGCCUUCUCCUGAAACUAGUACCACACCAGAGGCCACAACACGUCCAGCAUGCGCAGCACCAGACUUCCGGUUAGCCAAGGUUUGCAUCAUCCCGGACCAGCUAGAACAACAAAAGAACUUUAACAUAACCUACCAAGAUUUGGUUGAUGCAGUGACAUCACAUGACGUAGUGACGUUCUGGGAGAGAUGUGAGAAUGACGACUCGUGUACCCCGGAUGUUGAUGUCAAUGACAUCAUCGAUGGUUUGGCGGAAACUUGGAUCAACGGAAAUAGUAAAGCCCAGCUUUGUCCUUGGAUGGAUUGUCUGCAGUUUAUCAAUCAGGGUGUUGAGUUUUGCAUGAAGGACAAGGAACGCAUCCUCAAUGUCACCAAAAUGAUGUGUUCGUUUGACUUCCACAUCAAUAAAGAGGAUCGCAAGUGUGCUGGUGACGUCAUUGGAAUGUUGAAUCGAAACAUGGCGGAUGAACAGGAGAGAAACCUGAGCAUCAGUAUGAGGAGAUGCCAUGAUAAUUUCUCACCGUGUCAGACAGAGUGUAAAAAGCAAUAUGAAGACAUGAUGAACAUGUUCGAUGUGACCUGCCUGAAAUACACGACCAGCCUGAAGGCGUUUUCCCCCUGGCACUGGUUCAGCAAGCACGAGACGCAGAUCAAGACUUCAUGUAACAUCGAUACAGGAGCAUCGGUGGAGGAUAGCGCUGGCCAUGGCUACAACUACUAUGACGAGUUGAUCAAGGACAGGGGUCUCGUGGCGGGAAUCGUGCUGUCGUGUGUGGUAGUCCUCAUCGCCCUUCUUAUCCUGUCCGCCGUGUUCGUCAAGAGGAUGAGGCGGGGAAAGUACUACGACAGGGACGGCGUGGAGUACUCCGAGGUGACAGGUCUUAUGGCUGCACCAGAGGAACAAGAGAAACAUCACUUUUAAAGCAUUUUGCUUGAGUUGUUAGAAUCAGACGCCUUGAUAUAAUAACUAUGACCGUCAGAUGAUGAAUAUCUGGAUAUGGUCCAACAAAAAGACAGUAUAUUUUCAGCUUUUGAGGGUGUCGUUUAAGAUACUGAGGGUACGUUGUUUACAAGGAGGCUUGAGUGGAGGUUUGGGAAAUAAAAACAAUAUGCAUAAUAAUGGAGGAUCAAUUGCGUCUGCCUCCGAUGCAAUCAAACGUCGUACUUGACUAGGUCUAAGACCAGAAUAUUAAUGUUGUAUUAGGACAAGCUCGACUCUGUGUACCACAGUUAUCCUUGAUUACAUAAUAGGUCACGUGGCCCGUUUAAUGUAUGUCAUCCCGCUGUUAGUAUAUAGCUUACGCAAAGCAGACACGAUCUGGAGCUGGCCCUUAAUGUGUUCUUAUUGUGAAAUAUCGCCGAUCCCGCAAAAUACUAGUAGAGUAGAACCUAUCUAUUAAGGACGCACUCGGGACUAACAAGUGCUGUCCUUAACAGAGAGGUGUCUUGAUAAGAGAGGUUAAAUUGAACCAAUUUGGGACCAAAACAAGUGUCCCUAAUGGAGAGGUUGUCCUUAGAGAAGUGUCCGCUAAGGGAGGUUCUACUGUAAUUAUGUUUGAAAUAAUGACACUGAUCUAUAACAAUGAGAUGACAAAAGAAAAAACAAAGUUUUCUUGUUGGCAGAGACAUGUAUUCAUCCACGACCGGAAGUUAGAGCUUAUCAAAAUGUCAAGUUGUGAUAAAUACAUGGCUGGGAUGGACCAAAGUGGAAUUAAUUCUCAAUCUGUGGUUGAUUCUUAAUCUACAGAGUCAGGCCAUCACAGAAAUAUGCUUUUUGAUAAUUUAUUUAAGAAAAUGUGGUCUCACUGGUCAGUUUAGAACUUGUAUUUUGACAGGGCCAUAUCAAUGCGCCAGUGACGUUUUGAUUGAUAUGGUGUACGGAAAUCUUUUUUUCUCAGGCAAUCGGUAUUGGAAUGUUUUUAAACUUUAUUAUGCUAUUGGCAAAGGGUUCUUCUUGACACAUAUACAAUUUUGUGCAGAUUGAUUGGUCCAAGGUGUACUUUUUUACCAAAACUUAUGAACAACAAUGUACAUGUAAUGUACACAGGUUUUAAUAGAGGGCUCUGG